AUGAUGGGACUGUUUCGUGCGGCCAUCUUCGUCGUGCUCGCCAUGCUCCCGAGUUGCUCCGUGGGAGAUAUCCCUACGACAACACCUGGAUUCACGUACAAAGACGGCCUGCCGCAAGCUCCCGUGCACCUGCAAGUGUUCAUCGACCUGUUGUGUCCAUACAGCAAAGCAGCGUACCCCGCGCUGAAACAACUCCGCGAUACGUUUGAAGGCAAGGACUUCCGCCUUACGUUCCAAAUGCUGCCCCUUCCCUUCCAUCGCGACGCGUUCCUCGCUGCUCAGUCUACUUUGUCCGUGAGCUUCGUGCCGUGGCUGGAAACGAUCUACGCCAACCAAGACAAGCUGUCCAACACCAACACCCUCAAUACGACCUCCAACCAGAGCGCGAACACCCCCGAGUACCUGAACUAUGACGCUGCAGCCCCGAUUUCGGAGCAGAAUCUGUUCAUGCCCCUGUUCUCGCGCAGAGUGCGGAACGUGUACGGCUGGCUGACCUGGAUUACGUCAUCGCUGUUGCUCUUCAACUUUUGUGAAAACGACAUGGCUCGCCGCUACUCGAACCUUGGUCCCAUCAGCAACAAGACGCUCAUGAAACGGAUGCACCAAAUUGGGUCGACAUAUUACGUGGCGGUCUUUGCGUCGUUCCCAAGUGAUUCGUUGCGUGGAUACGAGAAAGUGUUGCUCGCAUUGUCGCCGAUGAACGACGAAGAAUCAUUGAGUGCUACAGCCUUCCUGGAAUUUUUCGACUUUGUCCUCGAUGUGUACGGCGAACGGCGCCGAAAUGUGGUGGUCCUGAUCGGCGACAAUUGUGCCACGAACCGUGCCUUUACUCGCUUGGCUGGCAUCCCUAUGGUGGGUUGUGCCUCUCAUCGGUUCAACUUGUUCGUCAGUGAUCCGAAUGACACCAUUGUGUCCCAAGCAGCGCAACAAGACACGAUGAAGCUCAUCGGUCGCCAUAUUGACGACAUCGACAUGCUACUGCUUAACGGUCGGCAAGAUCGUGAUGUGGAGCCGUUGAUUGCCCAGAUCACCGACUUGAACUCAGUGACGCUUGCGCUCCGGGACGAGUAG